AUGAUUGCGCUGUUGAAGAAUGUUGAACAACAGCAUCCGCUAUAUUCUUUAGGCGAAUUGAACCGUGUUUUCGUAUCGCUGCGUCAGGCAUGCUGUCGUGACGCCGGUCAGUUGGGAACCGCAUGCCGUGUCCGCAUUAUGGAACUUAUUGAAUUGCGCGCAAUGGGCUGGGUACCAAAUCUGGCGCACUCGCAAUACUAUUUGAAACGUUCGUCGUCAUCGAUGCUCUCACGCGAUUUCACGGCUGGCGCAGGAGAUACGAUGUGCAGCGGUACGCAUGCAUUCGGCCCGCAGCCUUCCUACUAUUUGAUUCCAGCUUCACAUGUGAGCCACACACAGGCCGGCAUCGCGUUCAUCUCGCCUGCGGCUGCCGCUGUAAUCAACCAACCCCCUCCAUUACCACCGAAGGCAGUUCCUGGCCCAAUAAAGGCUGCUCCACCGUCUAAACUUUCUUCAAAGUCAUUUCGGUCACCCAGGACUGCGGGCAAGAAUCAGCAUCGUGGCGAGAUGACUAUUCGAAAUGCAGAUUCAGGAAAAAUAAUGGGAAUCAAGGGCCGUCGUGUGGCGAUCAUAGAAGAACUAAGUCAAACAGUCAUUUCUUUUCAGAAAGUUGCCGUCGGUGCUAAGGAUAGGAGCCUGAUUAUUAAUGGUCCUUCUGAAGAACAUAUCGCAAAGGCAAAGGCCCUAAUAGAAGAAACUAUCCGCAGGAACGUGUCGCCGGUGCGAGUAAAGCGUCUUCAAUUUGACUGA